AUGGAGGACGCCCUCGCCAGCUCCCUGGGCCGCCUGGCCAGCCUUGCGUCUGCUCUGGGCAGCAACCCUUCGGAUGGGCAGCUCGAGCAGCUGAGCUCAGCCUGCUCGGCAGCCCUGACCAACGCCCAGGGGCAGCCUCCAGGCCCAGCCCAGCAAAGGCAGCUCUGGGAGGCCGCUGCAGGCCUGUGGAACUCCAGCAUCGAUCUUGGGAGCGCGGGCAAUGAGAGCGGCGGUGGCGCCGAGGCGGGCGGUGGCACCGGGCGGCGGCGCGUGGCGGCGACGCUUCUGCAGGCCGCCUGCGACCUGUGCACCCCGCUGGCGCCAGACGCCCUUCUGCCGCCCAACCAGCUGCACCUGGCAGGCGAGGCCUGGGCCCGGCUGGGCGAGCUGGAGGCCGCCGAGGCUGUUCUGUCGCGCGGCAGCGAGGCGGCGGCAGCGCUUGCGCCUGUGGCGUUUGAGCGCCGCGGCCGCGGGCCGCGCCACCAGGAGGCCGCCUCCCUCCUCUUCUCCCUGCUGCUGGAGAGGCUGCGCGCGGCGCUGCGCCUCAGCCAGCAGAUGCUGAGCGGCGAGCUGAUCUCUCGGGCCGCCGAGUUUGUGGGCGAUGCCCGCCUGCCACCUGGCGAGGCUCUGGCCCUGCGCCUCGCCCUCAUCGGCCUGCUGCGGGAGGAGGGGCAGCGCCUGGCGCAGGCCGGCUCUGCGGCGGCUGCGGCCCCGCUGCUGUCUGCCGCCUACGAUGCGCUGUCUGGCGUGGAGCUGGAGGGGGAGGAGGGGGAGGAAGGGGGCCUGGCGGCAGAGGUGCAGGCCAUCGGCGGCCAGGUGCUGACGCUACUGGCCUGGUGCAGCGCAGAGGCCGGUGAGGCGGAGCGGGCGCUGUCGUGCCUGCAGGCGCUGCAGCAGGUGGCGGGCACGGCGGCCGCCGCCCACUUCUCCUCCUCCUACCUCUCCCUGCGCUGCCUGCUGCAGCUGGGCAGGACUGGGGAAGCUGAGGCGCAGCUGCUCAACCUGGUAUCCCACGAGGAGGCCACCCCGGAGGCCUGCCUGGCGGGGCUCACCGCCGCGCUGGCUGCGCCCGGCGGCGCGGCCCUCGCCAGGGCUGCCCUGCCAAUGGUGGUGGAGCGCUUCGCAGAGGAGCCCGGGCUGGUGGUGGAGCUUGUGCGGGCCGCACUGCAGGCCGCCACUGCUGCCGCCGCCACCACCGUCGAUGCCGCAGAUGGCGCUGCCGGCGGCGAUCCCACGGCCACCGCCGGCACAGGGGGCGGAGAGGGGCCGGGCGGUGCAGGCGGCGGCAGGGUGGGGGCUGCUGCACAGCCGCAUGCGCCGGCGGCGGCUGCGGCGGCUGCGGCAGAGGAGCUGGUGCUUGAGCUGGUGGCGGAUGACCGGCUGCUGGAAAGUGUGUGUGAGCCUGCCUCCCAGGGCGCAGGCGGCGGCGGUGGCGGUACCGGCGGCGGUACCCUCCCGCUGCGCCGCCGGCUCAUCGCCCUGCUGUGGAACCACGCCGCGCAGCGCCUGGCCAGCGGCGCCGGCGCCGCCGCCGCCCACGCUUUCUUCGCGGCGGUGCUGCCGCUGCUGGAGCGAGGGGGCAGCAGGGGGAGCACGCAGGAGGGUUGCGGCCACAGCGACGGAGAGGAGCCGCAGCCUGCUGCGUGCCACCGCUCGAUGGCGCUGUGCUGCCUGGGAGCCGGCCAGCACGGCAGGGCCCUGGAGAGUCUGGCUGCGGCAGACCGGCUGGAGCCUGCGGCCGUGCCGACCGCCAUGCUGCGCCUGACUGUCCAGCUGGCGGCGGGGAGGCACGACGGCGCGGCGGCGGCGGUGGCCACCCUGGCCGCCUGCCCCGGCAGCGACGCGGAUGUCCUGCGCCUGGCCUGCUGCCAGUGCAUGGAGGCCGGGGCGCCCCGAGCCGCCCGGCAGGCGCUGGAAUGCCUGCUGGAGCUGUGCGCUGGCGAUGCCGGCGGCGCCAGCUCAGCGCCGCCAGCUCAGCAGUGCCAGCUGGCGCCCGGCCUGGAGGCCACCGCCUUCCAGAAUCUCAUCAAGCUGCUGCUGGAUGCCCCGGCAGAGGAGCCCCCCCCCGAGCAGGCAGCCGCCGCCGGGGCCUCCCCACAGCACCAGCCGGCAGCCCGCCGCCGCGCCUUCAAGGUGGCCGCCGUGUUUGACCGGCUGUCCGCGCGGGUGCAGGCGGCGGGGGCGGGCGCUUUCUUCGCCCUGGAGCAGCCUGGCGGGCCCGGCAGGGCGCAGCUGGAGUGGCUGGCGCUGGAGGCCUGGAACGCGGGGCAGCGGGCGGGCAGCGCGGGCGCGCUGCAGCAGGCGGCGGUGCUGCUGGCGGUGUGCGGCGAGCUGCAUGCGGCGCUGCCAGCCCCCGGCGCCGUGGGCCUGCACAGGCAGAAGAUGGCUUUCCUGAUGGCGGCGGCCUGUGCCUGUGAGGUGCACGAGGCCCAGCUGGCGCAGCAGCUGCAGCAGCAGCAGCAGCAGGCGGAGGCAGGUGCCGGCGGCGGCGGCGGCGCGGCGGACUCGGCCCCUGCCCCUGGCGCCGCCAACCCAGGCGCGGCUUCGGCCCCCGCCCACGGCGGCAGCGCCAGCCUCAGCCUGUCCCGCAGCUACCUGACUGCUGCACGCGGGGCAGCGGCGGGGCUGGACACGCAGCAGGCGGUGGCGGGUGUGGAGGCGGCGGCAGGCGCGGGGGAGGGGCAGGCGGGGCCCGGUGGCGACGCCAAGGCAGACGUCUACCUGCUGCUGCUGGACUUCAAGCUCUGCCUGCUGGGGGGUGACGUAGCGGGGCAGCUGCAGGCGCUGGCGCGCGCCCGCGCCCUGCCCGCCUUUGGAGCCCACCACUUUGGCAUGGCCGCCGCCCUGGCACGCGGUGGCAGCCGCAGCGGCGGCGGCGGCGGCAGCGGCAGAGGCCUGGGCACGGGCCCAGCUCCGCUGCCGCCGAGCUCCCCGGAGGUCUGCCGGGCCGCAGAGGCCGCUCGCCUGCACCGCCUCACCCAGGACACGCCUCUGGACUAUGCUGCAGCGGCGGCGGCCCUGCGUCGCCUGGUGGAGCUGAGCCCCGGGGAUGACGAGAGGCUGGAGCUGCUGGGGGAGGCGGCGGGGCUGCUGUCUGCGGCGCCGCCCGGCGCCUACCCGCCGCAGGAGCUGCGCUGGCUGGUGACCACGGCUUGGAACCGGGGGGCGGUGCACGCCCGCUUCGGACGGCCGGCAGAGGCGGGGCAGUACCAGCGCUGGGCGGCGUCCGCGCUGAGGCACAGCGCGGAGCUGGCUGGGGAGUACCAGGCAAGGGGCUGCGGGCUGGCUGGCGUGGGCUCCCACCAUGUGGCGGUGACGCCUGGCAAUGGCGGUGCCAUGCGUGGAUCUGACGCCGCGGAGGAGGCUUGA